AUGUAUCCGCAGAAUAAGGAUUUACGCCACUUUAGAAUACGUUUUAAUCAGCAUGCCAAAGAGAAAGAAACAAUACAUUGUGUUACAUUGACGAAGGUGGCUGUGCGCGGAGAAGUAGAACUGCAGUCACGCAGAGAGUUGGACGACAGGGAGAGUGAGCGGGAGAGGGGUAGCGAACCCCGGGCGCUGGACUUCAGCAUGGUGCAACAUUCGGCUGCAGCCGCCGCCGCCGCAGCCGCAGCUGCGUUCUGGGGCGGGGGCGGCAAAGAGACAGCCGCCUCUCACUCACCGGCCACUCUGUCACCGCCUCCGCGCGCCUUCACCAUCGACAGCAUCCUGGCACCCUCCCGCCCCCACCAGACGUCGCCGCCAUGCCGCCCUUCACCCACCACCGCCCAACCACCUGCCCUGCUCAGGCAUCCACUGCACUUCUCUCAUUUUGCCGCAGCGGCUGCCGCCUCCGGCUUUGCUCCCGCCUCGUCCGAUUUCCUUGCGGUUGCGUAUCCAGGCCUGUACUCGGGCUACAUGUCGGCGGCCGCGGUGGCAGCUAUGGCAGUGCAGCAGGGGGGUGGCAUGGGGGGCGGCAUGGGAGGGGCACCGCCCCCCAAGCGCAAGAGGCGGCAUCGCACCAUCUUCACCGAGGAGCAGCUGGAACAGCUGGAGGCCACCUUCGACAAGACUCACUAUCCUGACGUCGUUCUCAGGGAGCAGCUCGCUCUCAAGGUCGAUCUCAAGGAGGAGCGUGUUGAGGUGUGGUUCAAGAACAGACGAGCCAAAUGGCGGAAGCAGAAACGCGACGAGCAAGAGCGGCUGCGCAAACUGCAAGAAGAACAAUCAGGAUUGGCCAGAAGUUUGGCGCCAUUGCCAGAUGUGACGUCAAUGCAUCAUCACAGCGACACCGAAGAAGAUCUCGAAGUGGCGUGAACAAUUCCCACCCGACUUCAAUUUAUUGUUGAACUACAUUAUUGUUAAUGUGACUGCCUAAACAACCCAUCAAGUUGAUCAUUAUCAUCAUUUCAAGUAUUAUUCAUCUAUUCUCUCUCAAGCCUUGGUUUUUUUAUAUAAACAUAUUCCACAGAAAUUGGAAAGGGAAAACCUCUUUCAUCGUGAUUCAGGUGUUUGUGAUUCAGAGGCCCGGGUUCAAAUCUCGGCCCGGGCAAAAUAUUUAUCUCGGGCCACUCCUGUGUUUCGGAUGGACACGUUAAGCCGUCGGUCCCGGCUGCCUAAAAAGUGGUCGUUAGGUCAUGUCAGAGGCCCUGAAAUUGAUCAGUUGCGACCUGAAAACUCUGUCACUAGUUUUCAAAACUCUGCGCCAGCCAGGACACUCGAUAUUAUUAUUUUUUAUCGUGAUCUAAAAUAAUUUUUGACAGCAUGAGAGAAGCCUAAAACUGUCUUUGGAAUUGAUAUGUUGAAAAUUGGUAUGUGUUUAGCUGUAUUGAAACAAUAGUAUAUGUUUAUUCAUAGAUGCAUUUAAGAGCAGUCCAUAUUUAUGGGUUACACGUAUCUGAGUUUGAGAAGAAACACAAUUAUUUGCUGCCCUUUUAUAGAAUUGUAUACAUUUUGUACUGGAAAAGUACUACCAUCCUAGUAGUAGUUAUCUAAUUUAAUUGUUCUAAUUAUUAAUGAAUCAUCGAUAAUCAGUUGCGAAAUCAUCAUCAAUCUAUUAUUAUAUAAUAGAGUGACAUAUUAACAUGUGUAUUGAAAUAAUUUGAAGGUUAUUUUUCAUCACAGUGUUUAAUUCAACAUAUAUUGAGAAAUGCAAAAUUCAAAUGUAAGGUAAUUCAAAAUAUCAAUGUAAGGUAAAGAAUAAUCAAUAUGGUGCAUCUCUCUCUUUAUUCCACGAAGAGUCAGAAUCACAAGGGAAAUUGUCUAACUUGAUGGGGGGAAUGGACUCAGUCAACAAUUACUCCACGUGAACAAUUGAACUCCGAUACCUGUGGAAACAGAAAACUCUGGGUAUUGUUAUUAAAAAACGCUAUGAAACUAAAAAAAUGAUGUAUAUAGACUUACGUUUCUUUAUCGAUAAUCUUGAUUAAGAGGUCAACUCUUCUAUAAUAAUUCUAGUCAAAAGUUUGUUGAAAGCUUUAUCUUAAAAUACGCUAUUAUUGUAAGUAAAUAAGCCAUUCAUUAUUGUAUUUUAAUAAUAACUGUUAUAGGACUAAUGAAGAAAUAGUUUGGAAACUCCGAAAUUUACUGGCUUAGUUUCAAAAAUGCAACUAAAUCGACAAUAGAGCUACAUUGGUUAUUUUUGCACGUAUAACACAUUGAAAUGUUCUUAAUCCAUCUUGAAAACUGAAGUGUUCUGUUCAUGGUCCAGGAAUGACAAUAUCAUCACGAACAUUCAUCACAUCAUUCACUACAAUGUAUAGAGAACCUUUAAAAAAUGACAGGCAAUUCAUCUUUGACGAAUUCCAAAAUAUGAAUAGAAAGAUGUGUACUUCAAAAAGAAUUCCUAUUCCUAUUUGAAAUUAGUUUCCUUAGCUGUAUCCAAAGAAAUGUUGGUUAAUGUAGUGAAAAAUUAUCAAAAAUCUAUCACCAUAACGGAUUAUACUUGUGAAUAUUAAAUAUGUAGAAUCACUAAUUCUUUAUUCAAUUAUUCGGGCAAGUUAGAAUCUUUGAUCUACGUGUUUGUUAUCGAUUCAUCAUUUUGGAUGUGAGUUAUUAUGAUUAUAAAGUUAUUAUUUUCUAUGUUUGUGUAAAAAAUGUAAAUAGUCAUAAGUGUAUAUUAAAUUGUUUGUCAAAUAUAUAACUUGAGUAU